AUGCAGAAUAUAUAUCAUAAGCUACGUCAGCACCGGGAGCAAGUAGCGGAAGACUGGGUGCUGCAAUCUCGUUCGGAUGUCGCUGGUGGUCCUGGGACAGUGCAGAACAUCACUUUCUCGAACCCACAGGCUUCUGAGUUCUACGUCGAUGGUUCGAGCCUGCCUGAAAUCACCUGGGAUAUCGGGCCAAGUUGGGCCGGUCUGCUACCAAUUAGCAACAACACGAACGAAACAAGACAGUUAUUCUUCUGGUAUUUCCCUCCAGGCCCUCAAGGUAGUCUAGAUGACUUGAUUCUCUGGAUAAACGGGGGGCCUGGAUGUUCGUCCAUGCAGGGCUUGCUGCAAGAAGUCGGUCCGAUCUCGUGGGAAAUAGGUCGGGCGAUACCACAUUCCAACGAGCACAGCUGGACGAAUCUAUCGAGUAUCUUGUUCAUUGAUCAGCCGGUCGGUACCGGCUUCUCUCAGGGUACUCCAGAUAUAGAGAACGAGGACCAGUUGGCCGAGCAGCUUGUUGGCUUCCUCCAACAGUUCCUGGAGGUCUUCUCCGAGCUCAAAGGAAACAACUUCUACACGACGGGAGAGAGCUACGCUGGGAUGUACGUUCCUUACAUUACCAAUUACAUCUAUGAGAACCCCGACGCCCUCGACCUCAACAUGACAGGCUUCUGGAUAUCAGACCCGGUCAUUUCUUGGAACGUUGUCCAAGCUGAUAUCCCUGCGAUGGACUUUGUGCACAAGUAUCAGAAUGUCUUCGCCUUCAACCAGUCAUAUAUGAGCCAGCUCGACGCGAAGGCCGCAGCAUGCAAUUAUUCCGGCUACAUGGAGCAGUACGUUACCUAUCCUCCGACGGGACUGCUCCCGUUGCCAGGAGGAAGCAUAUACCCCGUCGAAGGAUGUGAUAUAUGGGAGACAAUCUUCUCUGCGGCACUGAAGGUCAACCCGGCUUUCAAUGUCUACCGCAUUUUUGACACGUGGCCCGUGCCAUUCGACAUACUUGGUUUCCCGGGCUCGUUCUUCGAGAUACAAACAACACCUUACUUCGCAAGGGACGACGCAGUUUUUGCCGGCGACGGUGAUACCAGUCUUCCGUCUGCGUUCACCGUGCUGCCCAACAUCAUCCAGAAGAGCGAGCGCUCCGUUAUUGUGCAAGGACUUGCGGAUUACCUUCUUAUGGCCGACGGAGCGAGGAUUGCGAUUCAGAAUAUGACAUGGGACGGACUGCAAGGCUUCCAAACAUCCAUCACGAACGACAGCUUCGUCGUCGAGGGCGUCGGCGCACUCGGCAACGCGCACUACGAGCGCGGUCUGGCCUACGUCGAAGUUGCGUUGAGUGGGCAUAUGGUGCCCGAGUUCUCGCCCGUGGCUGCAUACCAGAUCAUGGAGUAUCUGAUGGGUUUCCGGGCGAAUGUAUCCGCGGUGUAG